AUGAAUGGAGUUUUAUGAAAUACAUUUGUUGAUGCAGUACAGUACACAGAAAUACACUACUGUAUGCAAAUCUCUGAUUUGGAGCAGGAAAAAAACUGUACGCUAAAGAAAUUAAUUAGUACAGAUUUCAGACUUGUACAACGAAACAUGCAGUACAAUAGAGCGAAUUAAUGUGAACACUAAAAUACAUGUACACUGUACAAUAGAAAUAACUGCGUGAAAAUGCUACGGUACAGUGGGUCAAUACUGACCCGCAUUCUAGCAAUUAUUGUCACCUGCUGGUUUAUAUCACAUUCAGUAUAUUUAGUUGAUGAGUCGUACAGAACAGUUCUAAGGCUAACCUGGAAAGCAAAAUAUGGAGAUAUUGAUUAUAAACAGGUUUUGACACCUGAGAAGAUGAUUUUACUUCACACCCAACCUAAAUCUGAAUAUCUAGGUUCACUUCUAAACAUUACAGGAAAUAAACUCUGGAAAGAGAUAGAAACAGAUUUGGAGAAUUCUCUUCUUGAUAUGUUUCAGAGGACUGACAAGAUGAAAGGUUGGGAGAUAAAGAAGAUAGGCUCGGAUGCCUGGCAAAGUGUUUCUAAAAAGCUAAAAGUUCUUGAUAAAGAACUUGAGUCUCAUUCUCCAUACGUCAAUUCAAAGAAUCAAGAUGAACCUGACAUGAAAAAUAUUCUGAUUUACAACAGAUUGUCUAAAUCUGGUUCAACCUGGCUCAUGAGCCUGAUUUACCAGCUCAGAGAACAACUUGGAUAUCUAGGAAAAUUAAUAAAAAAAAACCAAAUAUUAGAUUUUUUCAGAUUUUUUAUGUCUGGAUCAAAAUUACUAAUGUCAGUGAGAAAAAAAUCGUCAAAAUAAAUUCAGACAAGAACUGGUAAAAAUUGAAAAUCCUUAAAAUUCUAAAAAUUAUCAUUAAAAAAACCGGUUCUGGAAAGAUAUUUUUCAGAGUAUAAAAAACAAGACAGA